GUUGCAACAACGGAUCAAAAUAUGAUACCAAGCAACAGCGGCAACGUUAGAUUCUGGAAGGCUUCCGAAGGCACAACAGUCUUUUUCUUCGUUCCGUUGUCUUCGUCUAAAGCGCACUCAAGACGCUAAUCCCCACUCAUUUGUGAUCGUCACUCAUUUGAAUUAUCUUGGCCUGACUUCUGGCCUCUUCUAGCUCCUUGCUAUAUUAUAAUUAGCCUUUAUUUGAACCUUCGCUGUUGGCGGAAGCAGGAGACCCAUGGUGGUCUCAACUCGCUGCAAAUGUCCCCAUAGCCAACAACUACUCAUUCCGUACCUAACCUUCGCUGCUCUCGCAAGCACCCUGCUACAGGGAGCUAUGGCACAGACCACGUACCCCAUGGCUGUUCAACAACUUCAACGUCUUCAAGAUCCUAAUGUAAUUAUCGACAGCACGAACGGUACCACCGUGGUUUACAGCCCACUCACUGGAAAUGAAAUCCCUCAAGGACUCGCAACCGAUGGCAGCGGUAGUGGAUUCUCACUGCCUGCUGUCUUGUGGAUUGUGUUCUCGUUCACCAUUGGCGUUCCGCUCGUGCUAGCCGGCUUUCGGGGCUGGCGCCUCACCACCGGUACAGCCAUAGGCCUAUCUGUUGCUGUCGCAUCGUGGUCUGUUUUUGUUAAUACAUUAGACAACGUUGGUAUUUCGGACAUUACCUUGACGGUUCUAGUUCUUGCACUUUUUUGCCGCAUGGCAGGGGUCCUCCAGUUAGGCAUACAGGGUGGCUUCGCCAUCGGGAUACGGAUAGUUUUAUUACGCAGCCUUCUAUUGGUACCCGACCCCACUGCGUUCUUCGUCAACUGGCUACUCGUUGGAUUCUGCGGCCUCACGACUGCAGUUCUUGUCAUUUGGAAACAGCGAGCUGGACUGCUUCUAGGAUCGGCGUCGGUCGGGACUUUCUUUUGCGCUCUGGGGACUGACUUGGCUAUUAAUCAGCAAUCUGGCAUGAGUCGGGGCCUCAGAUAUUUGAUUGACAGAAACAGAUAUCACGUCCUGGACACUGUGACUAAUGGGUACUUUCCGCCCACGACUACAUUGGUUAUCAUUGCGCUCUCCAUUGCAUUGACACCUGCUUUCGCAUACGCCCAGCAUAAGAUGUUUAGGGGUCCUUUCUGCCAAGUUCACGAUGAUGAUCUCGAGUCCCUUCGUGCAUCAAACGAGUCUCCAGCUGAACAAGAACCUAAAGCAUCUGGCGAGGAGACCCCUCAAACCACUCCACCAAAUACGCCUCCGCCUGCAACCCCUGUGUCGACUCCAUUACCUUUGAUGCCUUUCAGUAAAGAUGUUUGCCCGACGCAUUCUGUCAUAUCAGAAACCCAAAGCAAUGUGUUCGCGAACGACAGUUAACGUUCAUGAUAGACGCGUAUUCCGUUUAUAUUUCAACGGUUCCCUAAAUACCUUAGUAGUAGUCGCAUUUCAUACGUCGGGAACCUUAGCAUGCUCCAUGCUUUAUGGAUCAGAUCCACAAUAGACUCUCGUUUACUUGUCACUCAUCUGAUUCUGUAGCUCAUUGUGUGGCUGUGUCUCGACUUAGCCGUCACUGCGUUUGCAGGUAUCAUUCGGAAAUCCCUUGUAACUCUCAUGGGCAUAUCAAUGAUCCAACAACAUGAAGUAGUAUU